AUGUCCAACCCGUAUCCCAUCCGCAGUCCACUGAACAAGGGCGCAACGGGACAGGUUGACUACUCGUAUACCAACCCUCUGUCGAGCUCUGGCUCUGAUUAUCCAUGCAAGGGUUACGCAAAAGAUGAGUUCCACUCGGUAGCCGACUACAGCCCUGGCCAGUCGUAUCCCCUAGAACUGCAGGGGAGUGCCGUACACGGCGGAGGAUCGUGCCAGAUCUCUCUCUCUUAUGACAAGGGCGAGUCUUUCCGUGUCAUCCACUCGAUACUGGGAGGAUGUCCCAUUCCCAAACAGUACACAUUUACCAUCCCAAGCGAUGCACCGAGCGGUGAGGCCCUUCUGGCAUGGAGUUGGUUCAACAAGAUCGGCAAUCGCGAGAUGUACAUGAACUGUGCCCAGGUCACCAUCAAAGGCUCUGCCCGUCGUCGCCCAAAGCACCCUCGCCCUCACCAUUUUCAUGGAACUGAGGCCGCAUUUGAUAGCCUUCCUACGCUAUUCCGGGCCAACACUGGAGGUCCCGGCCAGUGCACUACCAUCGAAGGGGAGGAGGUGAAUUUCCCGAUGCCUGGAACGUCCGUGGAGGGUUCAUUAUCUGGAAAGGGCUAUAACUGCCAAGGCACUGCUCCAUUCCUGCGUGAGGGCCAUUUGAACGAUAUUGAUAUGUGGACUGGCAAUGCAUCAAGCGGAGUCGGCCAUGAUGUCUCGUCUAGCGCUGAGGUCUCGCCAUCGUCGAUUCGCGGCUCGCAUGUUGCCAUGAGCACAGCUGCUCGACCGUCCAGCAGCAAAAUCGCUUCCAGCAGCAAGGUUGCUUCGAGCAGUAGGGUAGCCUCUAGCUUCGGCACCCCAUCGCCAUCGAGAGCCUAUAAGGCACAAACACCAGCUUCCGACCUCGCCACUCCACGGCAGCAAGAUACCGUGGAACAAACCCCAAAUGUUCAAGCCUGCGAACAUGGCGCCAUUGUCUGCGCCUCCGACGGGAAGACCUGGUCGCUUUGUGAUAAUGGCCGGGUGGUGCAUAUGGGCGAAGUUGCUACCGGCACAGAGUGUCUUCAUGGCUUCAUGCAACGCGUCUACGGAACAGCCUAG